UUAUUAAUAUUAAUAUUAUGAAUACUAGUUAAAUAUUAAGCAAGUCUACACAUUAUUGCCCAUUCCACCACUAAAAGCUGAGUUUGCUAAUAUUUUAAUAAUUUACAGCAUUUUUUAGUGUUUGUUGUGCUUUACUAAUGUGCAUAGAUAUUUUUUUGCUGCUGUAGAUUUUAUUAAUGGAAAUAAGCAUGCGAAAUCAAUUGGUUACAAUCAAAUUUGUGCAGCAAAAAUUUGAGUUUACACAAAAUUUAUGUUGAGGUGUCCGAUUUAGUCAUUAACUAUGAGGAGUGAUCUAUUUAUUUUCAUUUAUUUAUUAAAACUUUCAAAUAUAAAAAAAGAGAAAAAAGUUGUAUUAUUUUAGUACAGAUUUUUCCAUUCUGACAAUAAAUUUUUCUAAUUUUAAGUGAGUUAUGCUUUGUGCCUAUGGUAGGAAGGUAGGUGGGUCGAAAUGGCAGUCGGACUUUAAACCAACUCACGUAGACUAAUACCGAUCCAUUGAGAUUCCACAGUAGCAGUUUACCUGACAUUCCUCGUUAAACCACUUUGUUUUAAGUGCAAAUCCAUUGAUCUGGCUGACACUUAUAUCCCUAAAGUCAUCGGUAUCAUUCGAGAACGAUGAGCCAAAUUAUCGAAACCCACUGUCAUACCAUGCAGGGCAGUGUCAAAGCAGAUGUCUGACAGACUAUUCCUCCUUCUUAGGUCGAGGGACACACUCACGCUCAUGGCCCAUUCUGAUGCCGCGUAGCGAACCAGCCCUUCUUCCUCCUGAAACCAAUGUGUACUUUUCAAAAAUUUUAUGAGAUCCUUAAUUUCGACAAAGCUGAGAUCUUCCAAUUCAUUAAAGGAAUGUCCACCCAAAAUGGCGAGUCUACGUCUGGUUAGAGCAGGAUAGUGACACAGAUGGUGUGGGAUCAUCUCUUCCUCUUGUUUGUCUAGACAACUUCAACAACAACGCCCAUUCUUUAGGCGUCCCUACCGAUUAGGCAGUGCCCCGUAAUAACUGAAUUCAGUGUGUUAAGACUUCUUCUUAGUAGAAGUUCCUCUGCGUUUACCAUUAAGAGUCGGCCACAGCUGUCGGAUGAUUUUUCAAGUGCCUUCAUUAGGCCAUUUUUCAUUCGCUACUCUUACAAUUUCUUUGCGAAUACAUAGUUUACAUGUUUGCAAGGGUAUACCUAUAUCAGUGUCUAUGUACUCAUCAAUCAAGUUGGUACCGGUUUUUGCUAGUUCAUCGGCUUUGCAGUUCCCCUCAAUGUCAAUGAAACCAUGUUAUCAUUAGGUGAAAUGACUCAAUGGUAUCAAAACGACGCUUUAGUGCUACUUGGGUGGUGCCAGCCAGGUACUUCAAUAAUAUUACCUACAUACCUACCUAACUUCAAGAUCGGUAUCUCAACGUUCUCAACAAUUAGGCAUCCAUGCAUCGACUGUUUCCAUGCAUGUUGACGUGCUCAUGGUGGGCAUUUAAAAGAGGUCAUGAGGUGAAACCUGAAAUAAGCUAAAUUUUGACAUGUCUUAUUUCAAAACAAUAUCUAGGUAUAUCUUCUGAAAGACCCUUUAUUAUGUAUACAAUCAAAGACCAUUUAAAUAAAAUUCUGUCUUAGUUUUCGUAUUUUAGCGCGUUUUAACAAUAAAACAAGAAAUUAAAUUAUUAUUUUUAUGUUGCUUUUUCGAGUUCAAUUAGAAUGCAUCUCCAAGAACUCUUGACUGGCCGAUCUUUAUCAACGUUUCAUACAUCCUCUGAAAAGUCCUUGCCAGGCUGCAAAGAGGUAGUGUCACCACAAUCUUUUAGUAUUACAUUUGGGCUUACGAAAUAUUCCCUUUUCCUAGUAACUAAGUAAUAUGUGGUUAUAUAUGCGGCAAAAUAUCGCCCCACUUUGAAGAUAAGAGAAAACCAAUUGGUAGACUUUUAGUUGCUUUUUAGAGGUUGGUGCAAUAUUUUCGUUACUCUCCAGAACUUUUUUUCUCAAUAAGGAAAACAACUGAGAUGCUAUUUAUACAGCCUCCCUGGGCAGUUUUUCUCCUAAUUACGCUUAAAAAUCCCUUAACCGCCUUCAUUGGGAGAUUCGCCUUAAAAGCGUGUGGUAAGAUGAUCAGUGAAUGUGGCAAAUAUUUUUAUUUAUUUUAUUUGAAGGCUCAAUACCAAUCCAUAACUAAGGGAAAUCGAAAAAAUAGAUACCCAACUCCAGAUCUUUGUAUUGCCAUUCUUAUACGAUGUUUUCUGUUUUUUGUCAGUCUAUUGUACUGCACUCGGAUUCCCUUUUUUAUUUUCUUUAAAUCUACUCGACCUCCGAAGAAAUCUGAGUAGAUCUUAUAGUGCCAAGGAGCCAAGGAGCCAAGGUGGUCGCUUCUUAAUACAUCAGUGCCAAUGACCUCAAGCCUGAUUCGAGCGAAGGCUGGGCAGACGCACAGAAAGCGGUCCACCGCCUCAUCCUCCUCUCGACAUGCUGAGCAGACUGCACUGUCUGAGAUGCCCACCUUUUCCAUGUGAUUUGCUUAUAGGAAGUGGCCCGUCAUCAAUCCAACCAGCCGCCUACAGUCCCCUCUGCUCAAUGACAGUAGGAUCUGCGACAGUCGGUCGGGCAUGACAGGUAACAUCAGUUUUGUCCAUCUGCAGCCUCUCUCAGCCUGCCAAACUCGCUUGUGGGUUAGAGUAACCCGUUUGCUAACCGUGGCUUUGAUGGCUGUAGAAGAGAGUGGCAGAACGGGUUUCGGCCCAUGGCAUUAUGCAAUAAUUAUUACUGCAAACUUUUUUGUUAAUAAAUGAUGGAUUUUCAGCAAUGACAACGUUAGUAUAACAGAGGAAAUUAAAAAGUUUUUAUCAACACAAAAAAGUAGAUGAAGUUGCAUUCUACAGCGAAUGUCAUACAGUUUCUGAACUACCGAACACCGGGAUAUUAUUUUUUAUUUUUAUAUUUUUAAUUUAUUGGAGGUUUGCCAUACCAAAAUUCUAUGAAUUUGUCAUUCGAAUAAAUUCCCAAGAAAUAAAACUGUAUACCAGCGAAUGCACCUAGCAGCAAUUCAAUGCGCUGGAAAUUUUUGUUCAAAACAAAUCAAAUAUUUUAUAAAAAAUAUAACUGUGUUUGUAAAUAGAAUAUAACCAAGAUGCAUUAGUUUCGCUCACCGAGCGCGUGGCCAACAACAGCGACGGCACAUCUGCAGCAUUCAAACGCUCAUUAAUUAGCCGCCCAGUUGGCAGACAGUGUUACCAGAAUGCAUUGAAAGCCAUUAUAUAAUAAAAAUUUAAACAGUUAAUUUGAUUGCAACGUACAGCACACGACAGGCCAGUUUUAUUACAGAAAAGUCAAUAUAAAUAGAAACAACGAAGACACAAACACACACACACAUAUGCAUGCUAAACGUGUGUAUGUAUAGUAUAUUGAAAAUGUGUAGCUAUUUAUUGGAGUUUAGUAUUUAUGUGAAAGAACCCAGCUGGAGCGGGUGUUAAUUAUAAGGAGGCAAUAAAAAACAACAACCUAUUUACGCAAAGCGCUAAAAUCAAUUGCUCUUUAUAUACAUAUAUGAGGCCCAAACAAAUUUUAUUUUUCUCGAUGCUACAAUCUAAAUUUGUUUGUAUAAAAUGAUAAUACAAAUAAAAUAAAUUAACUGUUUGGUAUAAAAUGUUGACAGGUCGAUAUUAUUUAAUUUCCUAUUUUAAUUUAAUCCCGGAAAUGCCAACAACAAUGGAACUCUAUGCUUAACUGGAAAAAAAUAUUUAAACUAGUUUUUAUGUGGACCUUGAAAAUAUAAUAUAAUUUUUUUUAAUUUUAUUUUUUUAAUUUGGUUAGUAUUCAGGCUUGAAUAUUGAAUACAAAAAUGUUGAGUAAGUAGUUUGACAGCUGCCACAUCCCUUAUCUUCACUUUAUGAUGCCAAACCAAAGCAUUAUUUAUUUUUCCCUCAGGACGCUUAAAGAGAGAGCUUUCAGAGUAUUUACGGCAAUUUGAUUGACAUUUGAUUUCCGAUUUAGUUGAAAAUUCUUAGAAAUCAAAACAAAAUUUCCAGCAGGGCCACUUAUUUACACAAAUGUUUCUGCUUUAGCAUUUCUCUCUACAAAGAAGAGAUAAGGGCGAACACUCUGCCGUGCGAAGUGGGUUUGAGGUUGUAGGGGGUUGAUUCCUUAUACGUAUGUUUUUGUAGUAUUUGCUAAAUUGCGAUAAACAUUUACUAUAACUCGGGUAUGUGUAUGUAUGCGCAACCUAUAGAGGUGAGUGAAACACACGGCAGUUACUCAUGUGACGUGCCGAUAUCUAACAAGUAUAAGAGCAUUGGUUAGAGCGGUGAAGACGCGGCGCCAGCAAACACCGGCCUCCACAAAACAAAUGGUUUUUUUUUCUUGAUUUUUCAACUUCGGUAAUAGUAACUGUUAGUAGAUGUGCGUAGGUCUAUGAAACCGGCAGUAAAUGCAACAGGCAGUAGGUUGAUUAGUCAAUUGCAUAUUAUUUGCUUGGUUUGGUCGCCGGACAAAUCGUGCGAAACUUGACGCGGCGUCGUGGUAGCGAUGCAAAUGGUCAAUUCGACCUUGCAUGCAAUGCAAUACGGUUGUAAUUCUAUAUAUCGAUUGGAUAAGUGCAGUUGAAGAAAUAACAAAACGAAAACAAAAAACUAUGGACUACUACAUCAACACAAUUUACGCUGGCUGGCGUGAUCUCAUGGACAACAAAUCCGAUCCGCGCACGCGAGAUUGGCCAUUAAUGAGUUCACCAUUCCCCACCAUUGCAAUCAGUUUGUCCUACGCAUACUUUGUGAAGGUACUUGGUCCCAAAUUGAUGGAAAACAGAAAACCUUUUGAAUUGCGCAAAGUCUUAAUCGUUUACAAUUUUGCGCAAGUACUAUUCAGCGCUUGGUUAUUCUAUGAGUCCUGCAUUGGUGGUUGGUUGAAUGGUUACAACAUCAGAUGUGAGCCUGUGGACUAUUCAAAUUCGCCAAGCGCGUUAAGGGUUGCUCGAGGUUGUUGGUGGUACUACAUCUCCAAAUUCACCGAAUUCUUCGAUACACUAUUUUUCGUGAUGCGCAAACGCUAUGAUCAAGUGUCGACACUGCACGUCAUCCAUCACGGCAUUAUGCCCUGCUCCGUUUGGUGGGGCGUGAAAUUCACACCCGGCGGGCAUUCGUCAUUCUUCGGUUUUCUCAACACCUUCGUACACAUCAUCAUGUACACCUACUACAUGUUGGCUGCCAUGGGACCCAAAGUACAAAAGUAUUUGUGGUGGAAGAAAUAUCUCACUGUCUUGCAGAUGAUCCAAUUCGUAUUGGUUAUGGUGCACUCAUUCCAGUUGUUCUUCAAAAACGAUUGCAAUUAUCCCAUUGGCUUUGCAUACUUCAUUGGCGCGCAUGCGGCUAUGUUCUAUUUCCUCUUCUCGGACUUCUACAAACAGGCCUAUCUGAAGCGAGAGCAGAAGAAGGACAGACUAGCAGCCAAUGGCAAGCUGAGCAACGGCUAUGCAAAUGGCGCAUUGAAAGCCAAUGAAGAGCAGCAGUUCAAAGAGAUUAACGGCAACCUCAAAGUGCAGGAUAAUAACAAAUUUGAUGGUUACUACAAAUCCACACUGGCGUCGCAAUCGCCAAGUCUCACUACAACAACAGCAACAGGAACAACAACGAGACAGCGGGUCUUUGCCACGGCGAAUAAUUAAUUUAUAAAAAUCUUAUCUAAUAAUUUAAAAAAAAGUAAAAAAACGAAAAAUAGAUAUUUAACUUUAAGUUACUCGCUCUUAAGGCUUUUGUAGUUAUUUGUAUGAGAAUGUACGUUAAAAGCAAAAGAAAAACAUUAAACAACAAUUAAAUGAAUGUAAAAAAUUUUCAAAAAUUUGUACAGACACAUACAUGCGCAUAGAUACAAGAAAAAAGAAAAAUGAAAAAUAAUUACAUACUUAAGUUGUACUUAAAGGAGUAUUUUAAAUGUCAAGUCACCUAGACUUGUAUGUAUGAAAAUAAAUUUAAAAAAUAAUAAUCCGGAUAAUACUUGAAAUGCAAGUAAACAAAAAUGACGGAAUUAUGCAGCUGAAGUAAUAAGAGCAGUACGAAAGAAAGAUGGAUGGAAGUGUGGCCUUCUUAGAUUUUCCAAAAGUGGGGAAGAACAGACUAUUAUUUGGGUACUCACUUGAAUUGUGUUCGCCAUAAGUAUGUGAUUCGAAAUUACAUUUGUGGAUAUUCCUCAAUAAUGCUUAUGCUUUUAUGCUUAUGUAUCACAAUUACUUUUUUUUAUUCAAAUUAGUGCUGAAUUUAGUGCUGAAAAAUAAGCACUAACAAUAACAUUUAAAGAUUUUACAGUUAUCGAAUUUCAAAUUAUUAAAAAUUAUGUGAUAUUCUAAGUCCUUGGAAUGAUUAUGCCAAGGUAAAAAAAUGAAUUCUAAACGAUCUUCACACGCAAAAGUUCUCAUUAUCGGCGUGCGCAAUUACCAGUCCUUGACGCAGAUAACGAGAACUUUUGCGUGUGAAGAUCGUGCAGAAUUGGAUGCUUAUUCUCAUGUUCUAUAAUAAAAUGUCCAACUACAGGUUCAAAACACUCUAAUAGCCUUAGGUAGAAACAUCCAUCAAAGUGGUGAAAUUUGUGAAAAAAAAUUUGCCCAAAUAAUGCUUAAAAAAAUCACCGAAUUCAGCGAAGCAAUUAAAUACAGGAAAUUCAUAUCAAAAAAGUCGAUAAUACAAGGUGAAGUCCAAAAUAAACAAGACUGGCCUGAUAAAAAUGUGUUUGAUGGCGCCAUCUUUUUAAUGAGUUAGUGUGUUUGGAAGUUACAUCCCUAGCUUACUUCCAGUGAAAGCUUGGUGACAUUCGGUUCAGUUUCUCUUUUAGCUCAGUCUUGUUAAUUUUGGACCUGUAGGUCUGUUCCCUAAGCGAAUAAUUUAUAAACAUGUUUGCAAAUUAUCAAAUUUUGAUGUUCAUGUAACCAAAAAAGUGCAAAGUAGGGUAGAGUGAGAGAGUAAAAUGGCAUUUCAUGUAGAGAGGAAGUUGCAAUUUUUACUGGAUAAACCUUUACCUGUAAGAAAAACACCUGAUCACAAAGUAAAAAUAAACAAGAAUUCAAGUUUGCGAAUUGAGUCAAAGUUCUAAAUUUAAAUAAAAAAAUGUAUUAAAAUGGAGAAUGAAAUGGAAGAAAUUAUUGUGGGUAAACAUAAAUUAUGUGAUGCUCAACUCGUUAUUUGCAUUUUAUGUGCUAAGUUUUUUAUUUUUUUUUUUUAAUUUAAUACGAGAUAACUCAACCCAACUUUUUUUUUAGUUUUUUGUGAUUUUUCCCGCUAAAAAUUAAAUCAGCUGUUCGUAAAACCUUCAAAUUAUUACUGGUUUUGCGUUCAUGUACUUUUUUUUAGAUAUUUUUUCCAUUGAGAGGGAAUUCUCGUAAAUUAGAUUACUGACAAGUUACUGCAUAAUUUUUACAUGAACAGGCCCAAUAGAAAACUCAGGCGUGCACUUUAAUUAGUCAGUAUGAGAAAUUCAUAAAGUUAAACCGAUUGUAACUACUCUUCUUCAAGCAUUUUCUUCAAAAUGCGGUAAGUACGGAAAUGCAUCCCGCACUGGAAAAAUAGUUUAUUUUUACGAUUAUUGAAAGACCAAUGAAGUCAUGGCUGUGGAAUAAUAAUUUCUGAGCGAAGUUGGUAGUGCUAGAAAUUAUUUCGACAUGCAACGCUUGAAAUAUCUCUUCCAAUUAGCGAACAAAAAUCCAAAAUUGAAAUGAAGCUCGCAUCCUCUAAAUGAUUUAUAAGUGGCGCAGCGCUGAUACAUGGGACAAGCCAUGUUUUUCCGCAAAUUGCUCAGCCUGAUUUGAAGAUUUUUCAUUUUUUAUUCACAAAUAAAUAAUAUUUUUCAUAUGACAUGUAUUUAAAAAAAAAUUCAAAUGGAAAAUUAAAAAAAAAAAAUCCAACAAAUAAAAUUUUGAAGAUAAUAUCAAAGAAGAUAAUAUCAUUGAAGAUAAUAUCAUAAAUUCAUGAGCAUACCUCCAACGCAUAAAGGCAACAUUGUAAAAUAUAAGCCAAAUGUCAGAAAAUGAAUAUAGAAAGUUGCCUUAUUAUUAAUAUAUUAUUUCCUAAGGUCCCAGAGAUAAAUGGACCAAAGCUGCCUUAUUACCUCACCUUUAUUAUUCCGCCAUGAGUAAAUAGUAAACUUCCGUGAAUAUUUAUCAAGACGCAUUUAUUAAUGAAGAUGGCACUAGACCAACAACAACGUUUUGUAUAAUACAUUUGACUGUCAUGACAAAAGAUAAUAGAAAAGAAAAAGAAUAUAGAAAAGAAAAAGAAAAUAGAAAAGUAAAGGACGAACUGCGUUGCCGCACAGUCGACUUGCAAUUGGAGUCAGCAGCAUACGAAUGGAGCGGCUUUUCGUCACACGGUGAAAGAAAUAAAAACCAAAUCAAUUGGUCUACUGAAAUCACCUUUAAUAGAUUCGGCUUGAUAUUUGUGUAUUUGAUAAAUGAAAAAAAAAAAGAAUUGUAAAAAUUAGGUGGUCUCAAUAAGUGAAAAUUUGGAAAUCAAGUUAAAACGAACAGAACUUCAGCACAAAAUAUGAAUGCUUGUGCGUUUUACUUACCCUAUAUACCUAUGUAUUUCUUUAUUCUUCUUCUUACAAUUACAUACAUACAUACAAACAUUUUAUUCAAUAUACCUUUGUGAUUCUUUUGUACUUAACGCCAAACUUAUUUUUUUUUGUUUUUUUUGGUUUUAUGAAGAGCAUACAACAUGAUUUGCAUUAAAUUCUGUGAUUUGUUGUUGUGCUGUUAAACCUUUUUAGUAUUUUCUGUGUUGGUGUACUUGUAUUUUUUGUGGUUCAGUGACUUUUCAAGAUAUUAGUUUUGUAUAAAGGCAGCUGCAUAGACAUAUUUAUACAUACAUACGUGUGCAAUUAAAAAAAAAAACAAAAACAACAUCAAGCAAAACUACUCAAUCAAAUCAUGCUAUGCUGUAAAAUACUA